GGCCGGGGUGCAGCGGGCACGGCGUCCCUGUGGAGAGCGCGGCGGUGGAGCUGCCAUGCCCGGCCGUCCCGACGACUACGAGGUGCUGCUGACCAUCGGCGCCGGCUCCUACGGCAGGUGCCGCAAGGUGCGCCGCAAGGCCGACGGCAAGAUCUUGGUAUGGAAGGAGCUCGACUAUGGCUCAAUGACGGAGGCAGAGAAGCAAAUGCUUGUUUCGGAAGUGAACCUGCUUCGCGAGCUGAGGCACCCCAACAUCGUGCGGUACUACGACCGCAUCAUCGACCGCAGCAACACCACCCUCUACAUCGUGAUGGAGUACUGCGACGGCGGUGACCUGGCCAGCCUGAUCGCCAGGUGCACCAAAGAAAGGCACUACUUGGAAGAAAGCUUUGUUCUCAGAGUACUGACUCAAUUGGCAUUGGCCCUGAAGGAGUGUCACAGACGGAGUGAUGGUGCAGUCACUGUGCAUCGUGACCUAAAACCAGCAAAUGUCUUUCUAGAUAGCAAGCAGAAUGUGAAACUUGGAGAUUUUGGACUGGCUAGAAUAUUGCACCAUGACACCAGCUUUGCCAAAACAUUUGUUGGAACUCCAUAUUAUAUGUCUCCAGAACAAAUGAACCACAUGUCAUACAAUGAAAAAUCUGACAUAUGGUCUCUAGGAUGUCUCCUGUAUGAAUUAUGUGCUCUCUCGCCUCCAUUUAGAGCUUACAACCAAAAGGAGUUGGCAGAAAAGAUAAGGGAAGGGAAGUUCAGACGAAUACCAUAUCGUUACUCAGAGCAGCUGAAUGAACUUCUCAAAGAGAUGCUUAAUGUGAAGGAUUAUUGCCGACCUUCUGUUGAAGAUAUUCUGCAGCACCCCUUGAUAGCAGACUUGGUGACAGAAGAACAAAGACAAAAUUCUGAUAAAAAAGGCUGGAGAUCAUGGGAUGCAGAAAGGCUGCAGCAUUCGGAUGUUGCAGUGAAUGAGCUGAGACAGAAGGAACAACAAUUACAGGACCGAGAACAAGCCAUUAAAGAGAGAGAGCGACGUUUGGAGCAGAGAGAACGGGAACUCUGCAUCCGAGAGAGACUGGCAGAGGACAAACUUGCUAGAGCUGAAAACUUGAUGAGGAACUACAAUCUCUACAAACAGCAGCGGAUGGUAGCUUGUGCAGAUGGUCCAGAUAACGCACUCCUCCCCUUUUCUACAACCAAGAAGAAAGUACACUUUGAUGGAAGUGAAGAAAAUGCUGUGCCUCCUGUUAAUUUGGAAAACUAUGCACCUUCUAAAGAGAAACGCUCUGAUCUCAAAAAACGUCUAUAUGCUGCAAAUCUACGGGCUCAAGCACUGUCUGAACUGGAAAAAAACUAUCAACUAAAGAGCAGACAAAUCUUAGGCAUGCGCUGAAACUGUAACAGAUGUAAAAUAUUUAAGUCUUAGAAGCUGAUUAAGUGUAUGGGAAGAUACUUGUACCUCCCUCUUUCAAACUGGAACCUACUGAAAAUUUAUUUUAACAGUUGUUAUACAAACUCUUAGUCUAUGAUACGUAGUUACGAUAAAAGCAUAAGAGAUUAUUUUAUGAAAACAGGUAGAUUUAAUACCAAACAAACUGAAUGAACUGUAUUAUUAAAGAAAAAAUAUUUUUGUCCUCCUGUUUACCGUAGAUAACUUUACUGAAAAUAUAAAGAGUGAACAUUGUAAAACAGAUAAUUUUAAAUCUUGUGUGAAAGGCUUUUCAGAUGAAAAAUGUACAGAGAUUCAUAGUCUGUAGGUUAAAAUGAAGCUGUAUGUAGUGUACAGUUCUUGGUAGAAGAAGUAUUGAUAUUUUGUAUAUGUGGAAAAACUGGCUUUUUGUCUGCAUUUGUAAAUAUUUUUUAACUAUCAAAAGAGCAAAAAAAAGAUUUUAUGCUGUCUCUUCCUACUAAGUAGGUGACCUAUCAAAGCAGGCUGCUUUUAGUUUAACGUCUUCGACUAAUGAGCGGGAUGGGUCAGCUUAGCAUAACUGAUGAGUUUAUCCUCCUUUCUGCCUGGGCAGCUGAAGGCUUGUCCAUCAGCUCCCAAAAGGCCUGCUUCAAGGCACAGCAUUUGAAACACCACCUUCUUUGGUUUGCCUUGAAGCUGUGUUAUAAACUGAUCCUGAGACCACUGUCCCGGAUGGGGACACCAUCCAGGGCAUCAGCACCCAUGUUUGGGGAGGGGCAAUUGUACUUUGAGUAGCAAAUCCUUAUUUUCUUGAAGUUUAUGAGGUAUCUCCAUCUUUCCCUUCACAAUUCUCUGCCAGAGUAGGAGUUGCUCGUGGUGUAAGUUUCAUGAAAUAACUCAGUCUCAUUAAUUCUAAAAAAAUCCUGUGGAGCUGUAAUGUCUGACAGAUUUUACAUAAAGAUUUUCUGUCUCUGGGUUGAAAUGCCAUUCUUAGAAAACAGCUAAUUUUCGAAACAUUUGUUUCCUUGUUAGGCCAUGAAUGUUAUCCAAGGAGGUAUUCUAGAUAGUUUUUACUCAAAAAAAAAAAAAAAGAGAAUCUUACUCGAAACAUCAAUUUAAUUUGGUGUAUUUGCUGAUUGAUAGACAAAAUCUUGUGUCACCAAACAAUAGUUCUGCUUUAGCAGACUCUUAACUACCCAGCAGAGCUUAUCAUCUGCAAAAAGCAGGUACCAAUUAGUGAGAUGAGGAAGCCAAGCAAGCAAGAAAAGAAAUAAGUAAUUAAAGAUUCAGGAAAGACUGUAUUUUGGAACAGCUGGUGUUUGAAAAUGCUUUGCUUUUAACAAGACCAAAGUAAGAAAAUGC